AUGCCGAGGGGAGAGCAUAGGCCGAGCAUCCUGUUAUCUCGGGAUGAAAACGAACAGGUGUUCAGUCUCAUUGGACCUAAAUGCCAGAGUCUGGCAACAGCUGUGGUGCAACUCUUCACAACAGAGGGUCCGGCACAUUCAGAAUGGAAGAAAAAAGAUACUGGUGUCCUCUGCCUCAUCAAAGACAACAGCAGGCGGUCUUACUUCUUCCGUAUUUACUGCCUCUACAGAAAGGCUUUGAUUUGGGAACAUGAAGUCUAUCUUCAGAUUGAGUACAAAAGUCCGAGGCCUUACUUACACACCUUUGAAGCUGAGGAUUAUAUGACGGCAUUCAACUUCGCAAACGAAGAUGAAGCUAAAGUACUUAAGGACACACUCAUUGAAAAGAUCGAACUACGAAAACAGAGACGGGAAGAGCGACGUCAAAGGUCGAUGCUGGCACAAAGAGCUAACAGCUCGGCAUCCCAGAAUUCCGUGCGACAUAACGGAGUGGCGCCGCCUCCAAUACCUGCUCAGACUCUGCCAACCCCACAACCAGCGAAGGCUGUCAACUUGUCUGGUGGGUACACAUUGAAAGGCAAAAAACCGAAGACACGAAAGCUUACAAAAGCCGACAUUGGUUUCCCUGAGAACUUCCAGCACAUUUCACAUGUGGGGUGGGAUGCUGACAAAGGUUUCGACGUCGACAACCUGCCAGAGAAGGAGAUGCGAUCGUUCUUGUCGAAGGCGGGCAUCUCGGAGAAGCAACUACAGGACCGAGACACGCGGCAGUUCAUCUACAACUUUAUCAACACUCACGGUGGACUUGACGCCGUCAAGGACGACUUGCACGAGACGCCAAGACCAGACAAAAACGCGUCCGGGUCAGGUGCAGCGCCCGCGCCCCCUGCGCCCCCCGCCCCUCCCGCACCGCCCGCGCCCCCCCGCUCCCCCGGUGCCGUCACGGACUCCCGCGCACUUGCAUCCCCCCGCACCGCCGUCCCGCGCCCCGCCCCCACCACCGUCGCGUGCGGUACCCCCUCCGCCGCCUUCAUCGCUCUCUGCGCCCAGAAACCCACCACCGCGGCCACCACAACGUAA